UCAAGCUCGGCGAAAUCGUCACCACCAUCCCCACAAUCGGCUUCAAUGUCGAGACGGUCGAGUACAAAAACAUCUCCUUCACCGUUUGGGAUGUCGGCGGCCAGGACAAGAUCCGUCCUCUCUGGCGUCAUUACUUCCAAAACACCCAGGGCAUCAUCUUCGUAGUCGACUCCAAUGACCGAGAGCGUGUCAGCGAAGCACGCGAGGAACUCCAGCGCAUGCUCAAUGAAGAUGAGCUCCGCGACGCACUCCUCCUCGUCUUUGCCAACAAGCAGGAUCUGCCAAACGCGAUGAAUGCAGCAGAAAUCACCGAUAAACUCGGCCUGCACUCCCUCCGUCAGCGUCAGUGGUUCAUCCAGGCUACGUGCGCUACGUCAGGCGACGGUCUCUACGAGGGUCUCGAAUGGCUCUCUAGCAACCUCAAGAAGCGUCAGCAGUAAAAGCCAAAAAUCUGGGUUCCUCCAUCCGUCCACGUCAGCAAACCCCAAGUUCUUUUUUUGCAAAGUCGCCAGCGACGACUUUUGCAGGUGGCUUUUGGCCUUGUGUUGUCAUGCGGAUCUCAGAUCCCUUGUAGUAAAGCAACGACCCGACAGCCUAUCAUCGCGUUCUCAUAGAAAUUGCUCUUCCCGAGUCCUGAACCUUGUUUUGCAGCGUGUUUGUCAGUCCAGACGCGGCGGCCACCUCAUCACAGUCAGCACCAGCUACGUCUGUCUGUUUCACCACACACGACACCACCUGUUUCGUCCUGCUCUGCUCAAUGCUACAUAUAACAGCUGCCAUGUGCAUCCAUCGUCAAGCUGCCGCGUCGAGAUGCAAAAGCCAUCGAGCUUCGGGCCCUUCGAGGUGGGCAACGCAGCCAUCUCUGUGCCUGAAGCCGUCUUGAGUCUGCGGCAGGCAUUGCCCACGGCAAACGAGAAGCAGCAUGCUCAAAUUUCAGCAGCUCUCGCGAGUAUUGACCAGCUCAACUACAAUGAAAAGCAUCAAAUCCAACAAUGCUUGCUGGACAUACAAGGGUCCAUCAGCGAUGUGGAUGGUAUUGUCCCGCAGACCGAUGAUCCGACUCUGCCGGUCAAUACCUUCCGUGCAUGGUCUCUUGGUCUCCUCUUCUCACUGGUCGGAGCAGGCGUCAAUACUUUCUUUGCAGAACGCCUGCCUGGCAUUGCUCUGAGCGGCUUCGUAGCGCAACUCGUCGCCUUUCCCUCGGGCAAGCUGCUCGAGCGUAUCCUACCCACCAGGCAGUAUACCUUUCACCGCAAGGUCUGGUCAUUCAAUCCCGGACCCUUCAAUGCAAAGGAGCACAUGCUCAUCACCAUCAUUGCCAAUGUCUCCUUCUCCUCCUCGUAUGCCAGCAGCAUCAUCAUCGCACAACGGCUGCCACAAUUUUACAAUAUGCAAUGGGCCUCGUCUCUCUAUUACCAACUACUGCUCUGUCUGUCUUCGCAAAUCAUUGGGUAUGGCUUCGCAGGACUAGCACGGCCUUUCCUCGUCUAUGCACCCGCAGCCGUAUGGCCAGGCAACCUAGCCGUUCUCGCUCUGAAUCGCUCCUUCCACGACACCAACAGUGAAUCUGUCCAUGGCUGGCGCAUCUCGAGACUCACACUUUUCUCCCGAGUAUUUCUCAUCAGCAGCCUCUACUUUUUCAUCCCAAAUUACCUCUUUACAAGCAUCUCUCAGAUGAAUUGGCUUACAUGGAUCAAAGAAGACAAUGCCGUACUUGCGGCCAUGACUGGUUCUUACACUGGACUCGGGAUCAACCCCUUCCCGACACUCGACUACAAUAUCGUCAGUGGAAUUGUUGAUCCUCUCAUCACGCCCUUCUUUGCCACCGUCAAUGUCGUGGUAGGCAUGCUGUUGAGUGCAGCCAUACUUGCCGUACUAUGGUUCAAGAACGCGUGGUUUGCCAGUUACUUGCCUAUUGUCUCCAACAGAUCAUUCGAUCGCUUCGGUCACUCCUACAACGUAACGCGUAUCCUCAAAGACGCUCGCCUGGAUGUUGCCGCGUAUGAAGCGUAUAGCCCAGUCUACAUCUCUGCAGCCAAUGCCUUCAUUUUUGGUGGCUAUUUCGCACUCUACCCAGCAACGCUUGUUUAUGCCUAUCUCUACCACGGCACAGAGAUUGCUGAUGCAUUUCGCAACUUGUUUGGUAAGGGACGCGUUAUGCACAAGGAUAUCCACAUGCGUCUCAUGGAAGCUUACAAGGAAGUUCCUGGCUGGUGGUACCUCGGCGUCAUGAUGUUGGGCACGGUCCUUGCACUCCUCAUGAUUAAACUCUAUCCAACAGGCAUGCCUAUUUGGGGUCUUGCUGUAUCUAUUGCACUGGGCGCGCUCUUCAUCUUGCCUGUCGGACUCAUUUCCGCCGUUAGCAAUGUUGAGAUUGGACUGAAUGUCUUGUCGGAGAUGAUUGCAGGCCUCGCUAUGCCAGGCAAUCCGUCAGGCAUGAUGAUCUUCAAAGCUUACGGGACAUUGUCACUAGCUCAAGGUCUUUCCUUUGCUGCAGAUCUCAAGUUGGGUCACUACAGCAAGAUUCCGCCACGUACACUCUUCGCGGCACAAGUCAUCGGCACGUUCCUUUCUGUCUUCAUGACGGUCUUUGUCACCAAUUGGCAGAUUGAUCAUCUCGAGGGCUUCUGCACGCCCGACCAGAAGCAGAAAUUCACAUGCCCCGGGAGCAAUACAUUCUUUACAUCGUCCAUCAUCUGGGGUGUUUUGGGGCCCAAGCAGAGCUACGGUCCUCAGGGUUUGUACCGACAUCUCCUAUGGGGUGCCCUGAUUGGCUUGAUCUUGCCCAUUCCUUUCUACUUUGCUGCAAAGCGAUACCCUUCUUCGCUGAUGAGCAAAGUACAUCCACCCAUCUUGUUGGCAGGCAUGAUUAGCUGGGCUCCCGUCAACUUGUCUUACAUUACAGCCGCUGUGCCUGUUGCUUACUUAUUCCAUGUCCAAAUCAAGCAACGCUUUUAUGCUUGGUGGGCAAAAUACACCUAUGUCAUUGCAACAGGGUUAUCCACAGGCAUUGCCAUUACCGGCAUCGUGGCAUUCAUUGCGUAAGAAGACACCUCUUGAAAGGAAGAAUGCUAAUCACUAGUCUACAGAAUCCUGGUAUCGAGCUAUCUUGGAUAGGAAACAGCAUCGGCCAGCAUGGCUGCGAUAAGAAGGGCUGCCCGCUCAUUUCAUUGGCGCCUGAACAAUACUUUGGACCUGGUGCUGGGGAAUUUCGCUACGUCUAGCAUAGAGCAUCACAUGGAGAGCAGUAUAAUCAGAUUUGAACAUGAAGUUCUUGGUUCUUUCCUCAUGACGGGAGUCUUGAAUUCCCAUCGGAAACACGGACCAAUUUCAAUCAUCCUUUUGUGCUUCCUUUUGUGUAUAGCAGCACGGCAUAGUCCUUCUGGCUUGACGAGCAAACAAGAGUGACUCUGACGGCUAGACAUAUAUACUGCUAGUCAAGGACCCAAAGUCGUCGCAG